AUGGAGAGUGAGGGAUAUGGAGCAAGGGUACACCGGGUAGAGAAAGAGGGGAAGACGGGAACAAAGGCGAGUCAGGACCAUCGAGGGAACUGUGGAAUGGACAAGAUUGCAAUCCAAACAAGAGGCGUUAAGGGAUUUAGUCAUCAAAAGGAGGAAGAUAUCCUAGAAGUUCAUACCGAAGAUCCGGGGGAUGACAAUCCGUUUUCAACAGUUCGCUUAAGUGAUAGGGAAAAGUCUUCUGCUUUAUCUACGACUUCACCAACACACUCACCCACAUCAACACUCUCACCCACAUCAACACCGCCAUCAACAUUCUCAGCCCCAACAACACUCUCACCCACAUCAACACUCUCACCCACAUCAACACCGCCAUCGACAUUCUCAGCCCCAUUAACACUCUCACCCACAUCAACACCGCCAUCAACAUUCUCAGCCCCAUCAACACUCUCGCCCCAUCAACACUCUCAUCCCAUCAACACUCUCACCCUAUUAGCACUCUCACCCCAUCAAUACUCUCACCCCUAUCAACACUCUCAACCCAUCAACACUCUCACCUCCAUCAACACUCUCACCCCCAUCAACACUCUCAACCCAUCAACACUCUCACCUCCAUCAACACUCUCACCUCCAUCAACACUCUCACCCCCAUCAACACUCUCAACCCCAUCAACACUCUCACCUUCAUCAACACUCUCACAACUAUCAACACUCUCAACCCAUCAAUACUCUCAACCCCAUCAAUACUCUCACUCCCAUCAACACUCUCACCCCAAUCAACACUCUCACCCCAUCAACACCCUCAUCAACACUAUCACCCCCAUCAACACUCUCACCCCCAUCAACACUCUCAACCCCAUCAACACUCUCACCCACGUCAACAUCGCCAUCAACUUUCUCAGCCCCAUCAACACUCUCACCCCAUCAACAUUCUCACCCACAUCAACACCGCCAUCAACAUUCUCAGCCCCAUCAACACUCUCACCCCAUCAACAUACCACAUCAACACCGCCAUCAACAUUCUCAGCCCUAUCAACACUCUCACCCACAUGAACACUCUCACCCACAUCAACACCGCCAUCAACAUUCUCAGUCCCAUCAACACUCUCACCCCAUCAACAUUCUCAUCCCAUCAACACUCUCACCCUAUUAGCACUCUCACCCCAUCAAUACUCUCACCCCUAUCAACACUCUACUCUCAACCCCAUCAAUACUCUCACUCCCAUCAACGCUCUCACCCCAAUCAGCACUCUCACCCCCAUCAACACCCCCAUCAACACUAUCACCCCCAUCAACACUCUCAACCCCAUCAACACUCUCAACCCCAUCAACACUCUCACCCACAUCAACACCGCCAUCAACACUCUCACCCCAUCAACAUUCUCACCCACAUCAACAUCGCCAUCAACAUUCUCAGCCCCAUCAACACUCUCACCCCUUUUCAGCACUCUCACCCCCAUUAACACUUUCACCCCAUCAACACUCUCACCCCAUCAACACUUUCACCCCCAUCAACACUCUCACCCCCAUCAGCACUCUCACCCCCAUCAACACUCUCACCCCCAUCAACACUCUCGCCCCAUCACCACUUUCACCCCCAUCAACACUCUCACUCCCAUCAAUACUCUCACCCCCAUCAACACUUUCACCCCAUCAACACUCCCAUCAACACCCCCAUCACACCCCCAUCAAUACUCUCACCCCAUCAACACUUUCACUACAUCAACACUCUCACCCCUAUCAUCAUCCCACCAACACCCCAUCCCCAUCAACACCAAACCAGUACCCGCAUCACAACCGCCAUCCCCUAUUAAAUCUGGGUCAAUCUCAAUGCAAGUGAUGUCACAUUCGCAACAGUAG